AUGGUGGACGAGCGCGACCUCGUCGUAGAGGCAUCGGAGCAGCCUGUCCAAGUGAGGCUUCCAAAGGCAUACGCCGGGGGGCUCGCCAGUGAGUUCGAGGAUCUCCCGGAAGCUCAGGUGCUCCAGAUGACUGUGGAAUUGACAACUGGAGAUGAACAGGUUGACGACCUGCUUAAAAGUCUAAGGACACUCGAUGAGCAGAGCAGGAGCGCAUCACAUCAAAAUACGACAUAUCGCGACAAACAACAAGUCGGUUCUCUCAACUCCACAGCUUUCAAGAUGCCCACCAAACGUCAGAACACCGCGCGCGACGAAUCCGACAGAGAACGACAGCGAAAUAUGACAGAGUUCUUCGGUGUUGAUUCAGCCCCUGAGCAACCCCCCAGCCCAGCACUCACCACCGCCAUCAACAAUACUCGCCGAGCUCAAGGCCCUGGACAAAGACACCACCCUCAUGACAUGGAAGCGCCUGGUCAACGGAUAUACCGACAAGUCUUCGGCCGAAGAACCUCGCUGGCUGUCUACCCUCAUAGGAGGGAGGGAGCCCGAUUGCUGGCGGCUAGACUGGCUCUGGUUUGA